GCUCAACAGGGCUUGGCCUAUACUGAUGGACGGUAUGAAGAAGUGUGUGGUGAGCUAUUCUACACAGCAUGGAGACCUCACCUGGAGGAUUAUUUAUGUUGCUGGUGUAGCUGAGCCCCAGAACAGCAGAGGAGCGUAUUUUGCAUGAGCACUGUGCAGUUUCGAGGUGCACUGCUGUCUUGUAUGUGAGGGGAUCAGAGCUUCCCUCAAAUGGGAUGGAAACCCAGAGGGAGAUGCCCAAGAAAAUCAACAUGGAACAUCUAAUUGCUGACAGGUGGGAAGGAAUUGGUGUCUGUGGCUGGAUCCUGGUUUCCCUUUCAUUCCUCCUGGUGCUUAUUACUUUUCCUAUUUCUAUCUGGGCAUGUAUGAAGGUUAUCAGAGAAUAUGAACGAGCUGUUGUGUUUCAUCUGGGACGUAUACUGUCUUAAGAAAGCAAAGGGAGCAGGUGAAUGCAUGCAGUUUUAUUCCGUUAAAAUCCACCAGGUAUGAUCCUCAUACUUCCAUGGACAGAUACAUUUAUGAAGGUUGAUCUUAGAACAGUUGCCUGUAAGAUUCCUCCACAAGAGAUUCUCACGAAAGAUGCUGUUACUGCCUAAGUUGAUGUGGUGUACUACAGGAUCUGCAGUGCUGUCAAUGCUGUUGCUAACAUCAGUGAUGUCCACUCAGCGACCUUGCUUUUGGCACAGACAACCCUGAGAAACAUUCUGGGUACACAGAGCUUGGCUCAGCUGCUGGCAGGUCAUGAGGAGAUUGCACGAAUUAUCCAGGCUAUCCUCAACAGUGCCAUGGAGCAGUGGGGAGUCAAAGUGGCCCAUGUGGAGACCAAAGAUGUCAGUAUUCCUGUGGCCAUGCAGAGGGCAAUGGCAGCUGAAGCAGAGGCUGCUCACAAGACAAGAGCUAAGGUUGUGGCAGCAGAACAAGAAACGAAUGCUUCUAGAGCUCUCAAGCAGGCCUCCAUGGUGCUGUCUGAGUGUCCAGCAGGUCUUCAGCUGCGUUACCUGCAAAUGUUAACAACCUUGGCAGCAGAGAAUAAUUCCACCAUUGUCUUCCCUCUCCCUAUGAAUAUGCUUGGGAGUUUGGGGCAGAAAAGUAGAGGGGGAUAGACUGUUCUGUGGUAGCUCCUUAGCCAGAGAUAUUUAAAGGUUUCCUCAGGAAGCCAGGGGUUCCAGAUUGCCAGAAUUAAAGUAAAAGCAUGCUUGGGUCCUCUGUCCCAAAAAUAAGAGCUCCCACGUUA